AUGCUGGAAGAACUCAAGGUCUGGUAUCAGUUGCAUUACGACCUAACUUCAACCAACCCUGGCUACACUCAACCUGGUAAAAUUGAUGCUAUCAUUGGAGCAGAUUAUUAUGGUCAAAUUUGUCUUGAAGUACUACGAAAGGGACCAACUAACUCUCCUACGGCUCAAUCAACGAUCUUCGGAUGGAUCCUUUUCGGUCCCACUGGAAAUCCUUCUACUUCUCCAAUACAGUGUUUUCACACUUCUGUUGAUGAAGAACUCUACGAACUUAUACAAAGAUUUUGGAAGCUCGAUGAUAUUCCUGUAAGCAAUAAAUCUUCUUUAUCCUCAAAUGACCAAGAAUGCGAAUAUCAUUUCAAGAAAACACAUUCUCGAGAUAAUACUGGCCGCUAUAUCGUCAGAUUACCAUUUAAAAAGCCGGUCGAAUCUCUUGGAGAAUCAAAGAGUGCGGCACAUCGUAUUCUAUUUACUUUAUCUAAGCGAUUCUUGAAAGACUCAUCAUUGCAAACAGCUUAUCAUGGAUUCAUGGAUGAAUAUCAUCGACUACAACAUAUGAGAUUGGUAUCUAAGUCUACUGCUGAGCCUAAGCACAGCUAUUACUUACCUCAUCACGGAGUAAUACGAGAACAGAGUCUAACAACUAAAUUGCGAGUGGUCUUCAAUGCAUCUUGUAAGACUUCAAGUGGGUUAUCUUUAAAUGACAUUCUUCACACUGGACCUAUGCUACAAACUGAACUAAUCGAUGUACUCUUACGAUUCCGGUUCUUUAAAUAUGUCUUCGUCUCGGAUAUUGAGAAGAUGUACAGACAAAUCAUGGUCCAUCCAAAUAUGAAUAACGCAACAACAUGCCUUCAAUCAAGAAAUCAAACAACUAUCAAGAGGAGAACAUCUGUCCAACUCUAA